AUGACCGAGUGGAUUCAUAACAGGUAUGCAAAAAUGUUAAAAUUUCAGGAGGUCUUCCAAAAUGUUUCUUAUAAGAAAUAUUACAAAGGGGUUUGGUACAGAGCUCUCUGGAAACCUUUUCCACGGAAUGACAUGGAAGAAAUACAGGGAGUAGACCUCUGUGAUCCUACCUGCACAGGAAAUGGCACUUUAGCUCAGGUGAAUGUGCAGUUGGCUGUCAUCAUUCAAAUUCAGACACUGUAUCCCACAUGGUUUUCAGAUAACUAUUAUCGUGCAGAAAUGAUUGCUGCCCUUGCCAACUCUGUUACACCUGCGGUCAGUGUGAAUGAUGAAGUCCAAACUUUGGAUAACUUGAAUCCUGAUGUGAGACUCAUUCUUGAAGAAAUCACCAGGUUUUUGAAUAUGGAAAAACUUCUGCCAAGUUAUAGGCAUACCAUCACUGUGAGUUGUUUGAGAGCCAUUCGAGUACUUCGGAAGAAUGGACAUGUGCAGAGGGACCCAGCUCUUUUUAAGUCUUAUGCAGAGUAUGGCCAUUUUGCGGACAUCAGGAUAGUAGCUUUGGAAGCAGUGGUUGAUUAUACUAAAGUGGACAGGAGUUACGAAGAACUACAAUGGCUACUCAAUAUGAUCCAGACCGACCCUGUGCCAUAUGUAAGGCAUAAGAUUUUAAACAUGUUGACGAAGAAUCCACCCUUUACUAAGAAUAUGGAGUCUCCCUUACGCAAUGAAGCUCUGGCGGAUCAACUGUGGAAGCUUAUGAAUUCUGGGACUUGCCAUGACUGGAGGUUGCGAUGUGGGGCUGUGGACUUGUACUUCACACUGUUCGGCCUCAGUAGGCCUUUGUGCUUGCCCUUGCAAGAACUUGGGUGGUUUCUUAAUCUGAAAGAGAAAAAGGCCGUGCUGAAUCCUACCAUAAUCCCAGAGGUGAUCACAGGCAACCAGGAAGCCACGAGUAACCCCACCAACCACCCUCAGAUGGGUGGAUUUCAGAACACGUUCUUGAGUUCUCAAGAUGAGGAGGAAAUGGAUAUGGACACCGUUCAUGAUAGUCAGGCAUUUAUUUCCCAUCAUUUGAACAUGCUGGAAAGGCCAUCAAUGCCAGGCUUCUCCGAACUUCGGCCAGCCGUCUCUUGGUCGGCUUCAUUACCUCAACACGUGAUGGGCUGCGAUGGCACCCCCAGCACCAGGGCCCCGUGGAGUAUCGAGCACGCAUGGAGAGGGACAGGUAAAGAGCUGUCGCCUCUGGAGAUGAGCCUACAUCCCGCGGUGGCCACGCCACUGGCCAUGUGCAAAAUCCCACAUGACAGCUCACAGACUACACAGAACCAUAUUGGGGAAGUCAAAGGUUGUAAUCCAGUUGCCUCAGUUUUGAGCCUUGUGGCUUUGGGGCAGUUUUACAAAGCUCUUAGUCCUGCCAAGUAUGGCUCUACUCCCAAUCCCAAUCCCCUGUGUGGUCCAGCAAAGUUGGGCAAAGACUCUUAG